AUGACGCUCUGGCCGCUGUCGCUGCUGCUGCUGCUCUUGGUUGGGCCCCCCGCCACGCAGCCCACACCCCCAACCUGCUACUCCAGGAUGCUGAGCCUGAGCCGGGAAAUUGUUGGUGACUUCCAGAGCUUGCAGGCCACGGAGCCCUCGGAGCCGUGUGUGAGAUACCUGCCCAGGCUGUACCUGGAUAUACACAACUACUGUGUGCUGGCCAAGCUGCGGGACUUUGUGGCGUCGCCCCAGUGUUGGAAAGUGGCCCAGGUGGAUGCCUUGAAGGACAAGGUGCGGAAGCUGUACACCAUCAUGAAUUCGUUCUGCCGGCGGGAUUUGGUGUUCCUCUCGGAUGACUGCAAUGCCUUGGAAUACCCAAUUCCAGUGACCACGGCCCUGCCAGAUCGUCAGAUGUAA